AUGGCUCCACUUCCACCUCCUCGCAUCGUCAUUGCCUCCCACAAUGAAGAAGGGAAGUCGGUCUUCUCUCGAGAUACGGAGGCGCCUUUGUUCGGUCCCUUUGGUCUUAAUUCAGGUCAAUUCACAACCCUCUUCACAACCGAUUCCGAACCUGCCUCCAACACGGGCGAACUUCCCUCACUCAUCACAACCACCAUCCCUCGCCCAGGGCCAAAAGGGUCAUAUUUUGGCACUUCAGAUAUGCCGCCAGGUGCCGAGAGUCCAUUCCACAGAACCGUGACCGUGGAUUACAUGGUCGUUUUGAAGGGUGAGAUCGUUGCGAGACUAGAUGAUGGGGUAGAGAAGACUAUCAAGGAGGGAGAAAUGAUGGUGCAGAUGGGGACGAUUCAUUCUUGGCUCAAUAAGUCGGAUAAAUGGUGCCGGAUGCUGUUUGUCAUGUUGCCAGCCGAGAAGGUGGUGAUGAAGGAUGGGAAGGUGUUGGACGAGGCUUUCUUUCCUGUGAAGCAUGCCGGGGUGUGA